AUGGCUUCCUUCCCCUUUAGCGUUUGCAUCAUUUGUGCCACUAAAGCUCCUGCCGCCGUGAGGGAUUUCUUGAUGCCUCCCAGCUCCCAGAUGGGCAUACAACUCACACUACUCAUACUCAGUUCAUGUAGCCUUUACAGUAUGUAUCCUUCUUCCUCUUCUUCUUCCUUCUCGGAAUCGUCUUCGCUCGCAUUGCUGGUGCUUGUCAUCUCCACCUGCCUCUCCUUGCUUUUCACCAACCUCAGAAAGCUACUCAGAGACAACACCCACAAAGCUAAGGCUCCAGCUUCCAUGGAAGAAGCUGUGACUGUGUACCAGGAGAAGAGCAUUGUGCCACAAGAUGAGGUGCCGGAGGAUGCACCGGAGGGUUUGAUGGGAAACCUAUCAGAUUCUUCAGAGUGCACGACGAACGACGAGGAAGAGGGCACCGAGGAAGGCUCGAUGUCAGAUGAAGCUGACGACGACGACGAUGAGAGCCUCAUUGAGAUCUCCCUUGUCGAUGGCCACUACGUGGGCGGCGCAGAGCAAGCUGAACAGCGAUGCGCAUACAACUACAAGAAGGACCUCCUCGCGGAGUUCCUGCCGGAUUUGCUGCUGGACAGGAGAGAUUUCUUCGACAUCUUGUCAGAGAUCAGCGAGGAGGACAGCCUGAUCGAGAUUGACAUCGCAAGAGGCUCCAUCAAGUGCUCCAACUUGGAUAUCAAGGCAUGA